UUGAAAGUCGAAAUUGCAAACUUCAAAUGGAGUAUAGCAUUAUUUUAUUUAUUUCAUUAGCGCGUAUUUCACUUGUGCGAAAAAACAAUCUAAGUAUUUUGCGUCGACAGUACAGUCGGGGAGAUUUGUGUAACUGAAUCAAUGUCGAAGUGAUUCAAAUGUAACGUGCCGCCAGAGAAGAUAAAGAGACUGUGAAGAGGAAACGAAAGAUGUGUGCGGGGAAAACAAAGGAAAGAUAACUGUAUUUGUAUUUAAUUACAGUCUUGCAUCGCAGAAUGUAUGUAAUAACACGGAUACUUAUAACUAUUACUCUGCUUCACCCAGCUUUAUGCAUACACAUACCUGCUCCUGUAAAUCUGAGCAUAUCUUCCCAAUAUUUUGUCCACUUGUUGUCUUGGAAAAUGGGGCCAGGCUCUCCUGAUGGUGUUCACUUUGAAGUCAGGAUGUGCUCAAUCAGGAAUUUGAGUCCGAUGGUGGUGAAGGGUUGUGAAGCGGUGACGUCCCCACUCUCGUGUAAUCUUACAGAUGUCUUGUCUGAUCUGGAGGAAACCUAUUACAUCAGUGUGUCUGCUGGCAUGGGGAACUGGACAUCACCGCCUGCCCAAUGCAGCCCAUUUAAACCCAUUCAAAACACCACAUUGCAGCCGCCGCUGGUGACAGUAUCAGCAUGUAACCAGUCUCUCUGUGUCAGUCUCAAAGCGCCUGCUCCCAAACUCCACGACAUCUACAAUUCAUUCGAGUUCAAAUAUAGACUGAUGAUCAGCAGUGAGGAUGGACCAGAGUUUCAUGAGGAUACUGAGGGGUUACACAAUGUGACUCUUAAGAAUCUGGCCCCUGGUCGCCAGUACUGCAUGACAGUCAAAAUCAUUGACCGCAGCUCCCCCAGUCCACCAGUCUGUGCCUUCACCCCUAAAACAGCAAACAGCUCAGAGACAAUGAUCAGUUUCGUCUUGUGUCUGGUAAUCCUGCUGUUACUGAUGUCCGUCAUUCCAAGACUUGUUUCCCAAUUUUAUCUAAAAGCAGAUCUACCUACAGUUCUGAGUUCCUUUCAUAGUCCGUAUAAAUGGCAACAUCUCCUUAUCCCUUCGGCUGAUUUUAUUAAUAAGCUCUAUGAGGAAACAGACUUCCUGCAGAAGAUGAAGAGAAACCAAGAGGAGCAUGAAGAGAUUGAAGCUGAGACCGAUGAAGGAGUGAUGUAUGAGAAACUAUUGACAUGCCAAACAUCUUCAUCUUCCAUUGUACCAUCAUCAUCCAGCUGUGGCUUGUUAAUGGACCAAAGCUCAGAUACACACACAGGCCUCAUCUCCUCCACGGAUGUCCAAGGUUGUAGUUUGAGUUUGCAUGAGGGCAGCUGGGUCCCUGAAACUGAGUCUGUAGCCUCUACAGAGGUCACGUUAAAUGUUAAACGCCUCUCCUGGAGGUCUAUUUCUCGCACACAUGUGGAGCAGGAAGACAGCUGUACAAUGGAGGUAGAGAGUGAUACAGAUGUCAACCUGUUUUCAGUGACUUUAGGAGGAAUUACUGCAGAACGCCAUGAAGCUGAUGCUGAUCAAACCUGCUGUAUUACAGAUGAGCUGGACCUAACAGACCUGUCUCCUCAAAGCCCAUUCAAAUCUGCUACUACAUCUCUAUGGCUUUCUGAUUUUAAGCCCCUAAACUCUGAGACUCUUGAGAUGCACAUUUCAGACUCUGAGGAGGAAGAUGAUGAAUAUUCAGGGUAUUUAAGUAGAACUUAGUAGAUCCAUUUCAUACCUAAUAGUACCUAGUAACAAUGAUAGUUUUUCUUCAUGGGACUCGUCUAUGGGGAAAAUAAAAUGGUAUUUCUACUUCUGGAACCACUUUUGCACUCUAUAGUGUGAAUAAAGUCAUGGGGUGACCGUGGCUCAGGUGGAAGAGUUGGUUGUCCACUAAUCGCAGGGUUGGCGGUUCGAUUCCCAGACCACACCACUGAAGUGUCCUUUGGCAAGACACUGAACCUCAAGUUGCUUCCAAUGGCAGGGUAGUGCCUUGCAUGGCUGCUCUGCCGUCAUUGGUGUGUGAAUGUGUGUGUGAAUGGGUGAAUGAGACAGUGUAAAGCCCUUUGAAUACCGCUAAGGUUAAAAAGGUGCUAUAAAAGUGCAGACCAUUUACCAUGGUUAAAGGCCGUUAUUGCAGUCAUGACUAUACUUACAGUGUAGCACAGCUUUGAGUGCCUUAUUGCUUUUAUAAAACAGUUACUACAGAACAAAGAUAUUUAGGACACGUUCAGCAAAUUAAUUUAAGGAAUAUUCCGGGCUCAAUACAAGCUAAGCUUAAUCAACAGUAUUUGUGCAUAAUUUUGCACAAUUGUCCUUUAAAAAAAAAAUAAAAAUAUGGGUUACAGUGAGGCACUUAAAAAGGAAGUGUAUGGGGCAAUCCUUAAACAUUAAAAAUAGAGCUGUCAAAAUGAACGUGUUAAUGUAUGCUAUUAAAAAAAUUCUAAAUUGCGAUUAAUGCAUUUAGCGAUUUGACAUUAGAUUCUGACAUUUUAUUUAGCUCUGCAUGAGUUCUGUACACUGGUUGGAGUUGGGCAUUCACAUGACUCACUGGAGUGAUUCACCAGCAUUACCCUGGCAUCACUUUCCAGACAAUUCGUAUAAAAAUAUUAUUUACAUUGCCAGCACUGAUGUUCUUUGCAAGCGCUUUUCGUGUGGAGUCCAAAGCGGCACGAAUCAUGUAAAUGUGGCUUCAUGAUUGCUGAAGCAAAGUGUAUAGCCUCAAUUAAUAUUGUGGAGGAUGUCAAAGAGAUUUAAUGUGCAUUGCAAUGAAUACACAACCUAUGAGGACUUUGAUUAGUCAACCUCCCACUUACACUUUGUAAAACAUUUAAUGUUACUUGAAUUGGUGCUAUUAUAGUGCAUUUCUGUCUUUAUAUUGUGGAAUACUUUGUUUGGAAAAUUAUGUUAUGUUAUAUAGUUGAAGUCAGAAGUUUACAUUCUCUUAUCCAAAAUGUUCGACUCAAGUUAAGCAAUUUAAAGGCAAUGCUACCAAAUAUUAACAAAGUGUAUGUAAACGUACCCACUGGGAAUGUGAUGAAAGAAAUAAAAGCUGAAAUAAAUAAUUCUCUACUAUUAUUCGGACAUUUCAUAUUCUGAAAAUAAAAUAGUGAUCCUAACUGACUUAAGACAGGGAAUGUUUUCUACGAUUAAAUGCCAGGACUUGUGAAAAACUGAGUUUAAAUGUAUUUAGCUAAGGUGUAUGUAAAUUUCUGACUUCACCUAUAUAUAUAUAUAUAUAUAUAUGUAUGUAUUUUUUUCGAAGAAAGAGAAAAAUAUGUAUUUUGACAUGAAAAGUAGUUUAUAUAGUCAAAUUUCAGCACUUUCAAAAUUUGCGAAUAAUCGAGAUGAACUAUGAAAUAUCAUGCGAAUAUUAGCUAUUAAAUAUUUGAAUCAACUGACAGCACUAGUUAAAAUACUCUCAAGUUUAUAGCCACAAGAUGUAAAUAAUGUGCAUAUAAACAUGAUUUUAGUGUGAUAAAAUCAAAUUUUUCCACUAAGUUUCCAUGAUGACUAAUGCCAUAAACCUUAAAAUGACCAUAAAAGUCAUUUAAACAACUUUACAGCUGAAGUAAUACACUAAUUUCUUCAGAGAAAUAAAUGUAUGUGCUUUUAUUAAAUUAUAAGAUUUACAUUUCUGUAUUUAAACCUACCACAAAUUGGCCCCAUUUACAUCCAUUGUGUCUCACUGUAAAUUAAAUUUUUUGUAAAAGCGGGACGAGUAAAAAUUAUUUGUAGUGGUAAUUAACAUUAUGCCACAAAUUAUGUUGAUUUUGCUUGUGAACUUGGAUUGAACCCGGAAUAUUCCUUUUAGUGGAAUCUGUCCAGUAUUAUAUAUAUAUAAUACUACUGUAUAUAUAUAUAUAGUAGUCCCUGACAUGUAAAUUGGAUAAUAAGAUUAAUAGUUGGUCUCUAUACAGUGAGGGAAAAAGUAUUUGAUCCACUGCUGAUAUUGUAUGUUUGCUCACUGACAAAGAAAUGAUCAGUCUGUAAUUUUAAUGGUAGGUUAAUUUGAACAGUGAGAGACAGAAUAACAACAAAAAAAUCCAGAAAAACGCAUGUCAAAAAUGUUAUAAAUUGAAUUGCAUUUUUAUGAGGGAAAUAAGUAUUCGACCCCCUCUCAAUCAGAAAUUUCUGGCUCCCAGGUGUCUUUUAUAGAGGUAAUGAGCUGAGAUUAGGAGCACACUCUUAAAGGGAGUUGGUGCGAUUAUUCGCAAAUGGAAGAAACACAAAAGAACUGUCAAUCUCCCUCGGUCUGGGGCUCCAUGCAAGAUCUCACCACGUGGAGUUGCAAUGAUCAUGAGAACGUUGAGGAAUCUGCCCAGAACUACAUGGGAGGAUCUUGUCAAUGAUCUCAAGGCAGCUGGGACCAUAGUCACCAAGAAAACAAUUGGUAACACACUACGCCGUGAAGGACUGAAAUCCUGCAGUGCCCGCAAGGUCCCCCUGCUCAAGAAAGCACAUGUACAGGCCCAUCUGAAGUUUGCCAAUGAACAUCUGAAUGAUUCAGAGGAGAACUGGGUGAAAGUGUUGUGGUCAGAUGAGACCAAAAUCGAGCUCUUUUGCAUCAACUCAACUCGCCGUGUUUGGAGGAGGAGGAGGAGGAGGAGGAAUGCUGCCCAAGAACACCAUCCCCACCGUCAAACAUGAAGGUGGAAAACAUUAUGCUUUGGGGGUGUUUUUCUGCUAAGGGGACAGGACAACUUUACCACAUCGAAGGGAUGAUGAACGGGGACAUGUACCGUCAAAUCUUGGGUGAGAACCUCCUUCCCUCAGCCAGGGCAUUGAAAAUGUGUUGUGGAUGGGUAUUCCAGCAUGACAAUGACCCAAAACACACGGCCAAGGCAACAAAGGAGUGGCUCAAGAAGCACAUUAAGGUCCUGGAGUGGCCUAGCCAGUCUCCAGACCUUAAUCCCAUAGAAAAUCUGUGGAGGGAGCUGAAGGUUCGAGUUGCCAAACAUCAGCCUCGAAACCUUAAUGACUUGGAGAAGAUCUGCAAAGAGGAGUGGGACAAAAUCCCUCAUGAGAUGUGUGCAAACCUGGUGGCCAACUACAAGAAACAUCUGACCUCUGUGAUUGCCAACAAGGGUUUUGCCACCAAGUACUAAGUAAUGUUUUGCAGAGGGGUCGAAUACUUAUUUCCCUCAUUAAAAUGCAAUUCAAUUUAUAACAUUUUUGACAUGCGUUUUUCUAGAUUUUUUUUUUUUGUUAUUCUGUCUCUCACUGUUCAAAUUAACCUACCAUUAAAAUUAUAGACUGAUCAUUUCUUUGUCAGUGGGCAAACAUACAAUAUCAGCAGUGGAUCAAAUACUUUUUUUCUCUCACUGUACAUCGCUAGAUAAACUGGUGUUUCACAUCUGUCACUGUAUUGUGCAUUUAGCACAUCUGGAACACUGUACUAACCAAUCAGUGUCCAGGACUGAAUCUGUUAUAUAUAGAGUUGCAUACUGUGUUCUGAGUUUUUUUUUUAUCUGGGUUUUUGUUUACUUUCGUCUUGAAUAGAUGGGUCAAGUCAUUAACAGUAACCUGUGUAAUAUGCAUUUCAGUCAAAUGGAGAUGAUUACAUCCUGACAGUUUUCACAUGUAUCACUUAUUCAGCACCUGAAGUAUUCAAGUUUUUAAAACACGUUUGCAUUUCAUAAUUUGUUUUUUUCAUACUUUUGUUGCAUUAACAUAAGUCGUAUUUUGUCCAAACUGUGUCUGUACACGUUUUUAAAAAUAUAUUAAUCAUUGUGCUGUUGUUACUAGAGACCGAAAGCUUGUGUAUUUAAGUCUGACUAGCACAAAUGAUUGCUUUAGACUGACCUAAGUCAGACUUUUAUGUAAAAGUGCAUGUAAAGGAGAAUUGUCAAUGAGUAUACAGUAAGUUCUCUGACGUAAUACAGUGCAGAAAUUGUAGCCUCACUUGCCCUGUAAAGUUUGUAUUAUAUUUUUAUUUUAUGUAUUUCAAAUCUUCUUAAAACUGCUUUUUUUUUUAUCAUGGUCAAACUAAGAACAUCUGUCUCUUACUGAAUAUAUUUUAAUAAUAAGUAA